AUGGGCGGCAUGAUCAUUACUGGCUUCGAACGCGGCAACCCGAUGAACGUUCUCGUGCGUGCGCAAUUGUGCCUCCCAUACCGUGCCCUGAGAUCGGAAACGACGAUUUACGAUUCCAAUGGCAAGCCGGUGGACUUUGCAAGGGACCAGCUCGUAGAGAGGCUCUACAAUGACUGCUUGGAUCGUGUCAGCGAAUACAAGUUCAAGUCACAGCCCGCCAAGCUAAUCGAGGGCAACCGAGACUUGAUUGACGAGGCGCGAGACGCUGUGAGUGACGGCCACCGGACAAUUCACCAAGCUGAGGAAGCGGUGGCGGCUCUCCCACAUGCGCCGCCCGUUUCACAACAAAAUGUCCCCGAACGAGUAAACCUGGUGCCGGUCUCGUCAGAUAAGCUCACUGGCCGCGUCCACACCCAGCCUGGCACACCAGGUGUCCUCAAGGCUACGGAGAAAGCCCAGACAAUGGGAUGGGCGUUGAAGACCGGUUUGGCAAACGACGCCAAUAUUGAUCUGAACGAAGCUGUUUCUCUGCCAGCGGCAACGCUUGGUUCAGUGAUGGACGAGGCCGUUCUACAAUACCGCAAUAUUGUCGACCUGACUGCCCAAGAUCAUCGUCUCAUCAACUGGCACGUUGCGAACCUGGAAUACAGUAACGCUACAAAUCUUCAUAAUCUUAGUCUAGGAGGCUGGGACAUUGACGCUGGCAAUGAGUGGGAAGGCAAGCACACCAUGAUUGUAGGUGGCUACCAAAGCGUUCCCAGAGGCCUCAUGCACUGCCCCACUCCUCUCGACGUCCGCCCGAAAUCCGCGGUCAAGAAGAUCACGUACCAGCCACAGAAUAACGGGCGUGCAUCGAUUGAGUGCGAGGACGGGACGUCCAUCGACGCAGACUACGUCGUCUCGACAAUACCUUUGGGAGUCUUGAAACACGGCAACAUCGCGUUCGACCCGCCAUUGCCUGAGUGGAAGACGGAAGCAGUCACCCGUAUAGGAUACGGAGUGCUCAACAAGCUUGUACUCGUUUAUGAUCAGCCCUUCUGGGAUACUCAAAGACACAUCUUUGGCGUUCUGCGAGACGCUCCGAACCGCCACAGCCUGAAUCAAAGUGACUACGGCUCUUCACGAGGCCGCUUGUUCCAGUGGUUCAACGUCACGCAGACCACCGGUAUGCCGUGCCUAGUGGCCCUGAUGGCCGGCGACGCCGGUUUCGAUACGGAGCACAGCAGUAACGAGGACCUCAUCGCCGAGGCGACUGAGGUCCUACGCAGCGUCUUCGGCCUCGGCGUACCGUACCCCACCGAGUCGGUGGUCACCCGCUGGGCCUCGGACAGGUUCGCCAGAGGGAGCUACUCCUCGGCCGGACCGGAGAUGCACCCGGACGACUACGACGCCAUGUCGCGCCCCAUCGGCAACCUCUUCUUCGCCGGUGAGCACACAAUCGGCACACACCCGGCCACCGUCCACGGAGCCUACCUUUCGGGACUCCGUGCCGCGUCAGAGGUUCUCGAGUCGAUGCUCGGCCCGAUAGAGGUCCCGACACCCCUCGUCCGACGGAAAGGAAACAAUAACGUGUCCAACAAGCGCAAAGAGAUGGAGGGACCCAAGGACCCGGAACAAGUCCGUCUGGAAGCCUACGAGCUCUCCGCCUGGGAACACACCAAAUCCAAAAUCGGCGAACGGCCCGUACGCCCGGCCAAGGUAGCCGCCAACGCCUACCUCCUCUAUAGCCGUGCCUUCUUCGAGGUCGCGCGUCAGCGAUGCGAGGAGGAGCGCGCCGUGGCGGCCAGCAGCGGCAAUGGCAGCAAGAAGAAGACGGCGCCGAACGAGGUGCGCGUCAUGACGUCCAAGAUGUGGCGAGCCGCCUCCGUAGAAGAAAAGAAGCCGUUCGAGGACGAGGCCGCCGCGCAGAAGACGGCGUACGCCGAGGCCGUGAAACAGUACGAGGAGACGUCGGCGCGGUGGGAUAAAGAGUACGUCGAGACCAUGAGCGCGUAUCACCGGGAGCACCCAUACGUGCCUCUUCAGCAGAACGGAGGGAGCGGCAGUGGUAGUGGUGGUGGGAAUAGUUAUAGUGCUGCUACGGCGCGGCAGCGGGAGAUUAAUGCGCAAAAGUACCGCAGGACGAAGCAUGUCAGCUACGCCGAAAGUGACGGCAGCGAGAUGGAGUUUUGA